AUGUCGAAACCCGUCAUCAUCUGCCUCCAUGGCCGCGGCGCCAAUGCCGAAAUCUUCGAAAUCCAGAGCAUGCCAUUCAUCCGCCUACUCGAGCCCCGAUUCGAGUGCAUAUUCGUCGACGCGCCCAACGAAUGCGAGGCCGGACCGAACAUACUGCCAAUCUUCGAGGACGAAGCUCCGUUCUACUCCUGGCUCGGUUCCGGUUCUUCGUCCACAUCAGCCUCCAACUUGGAAGCAAUCGAAGAAACCAUUUACCUCCUGAACGAAUUGGAGGAAUCUACACCAAACAUCGCCGGCAUCAUAGGCUUCUCGCAAGGCGCGGCGGUGGGUCUUGGCCUGCUCCUCCGCGAUCAGCGCCGUCGCAGCAUAGGUCUCCCGUACGUCGGCUACAAGUUUGGCGUCUUCGCCGGCGAGGUGCGCCUCCCGGUGCUGUUCGAGCAGGACUACCCGAACUCCGGCACAAGCACCCCUUCGUUCGAUUCCGAUCAUAGCCGGCCGGCUCUCGGCUUAAGCACACCCACCAUCCACGCAACAGGGCGGAUGGAUGCUCUGGCAGCCAAGGGCACGACGCUCUCCAAGUCGGACAUUGGGAGGCGGGCGACGGUCUUUACGUACGACGGCGGCCACGAGAUGCCGCAGAAGCCCAAUGAUGCGCAAUACGUGGCGCAAUGGGUGCACUCUCAAUAUACCAAAUGCUAA